UCCUCUCAUCGCCGUCUGCUUUGCUUUCACCUUGUUACUCGCAAUAGAAACUUACGUCUUCAUGCUUUAAUAUUGAGACGAGACUAUUAUACCAACCCCCGCAACUCCAGGCUUCGGCUUCGUCCCGGUCACUGCCCCACGCCGCCCGCCGUCCCCGUCCAAGAAGUAGCGCUAAGAUAACCAAUCCAGUCUCCCCACGCCAUUGGCCUGCACUGGAACCCCAGAAACAAACAGUUCUCCACCCUGCGCUGCGCGGCACUGCUGCACUGCUGCACUGCACCUCCAUCCUCCAGCUUCAGCUUCAGAUCUGCUGCUGCCUCAGCCAGUCUCGUCUCCGUACAAUGCCUGGCAUUCCUCCCGUGUACUCCAGACGCAGAGGUACAACGCCCAUCAACCAUCCCCAGCUAGAUGAUGUGUGGCAUCGCUCAUUGUACGUCCUUGGUCUACAAGAAAUGAAUGCGCCUGUGUCUGUGGCAUCCGCUUCAAAGAGCUCGACAACCUCUACUUCUACCAACAUGGCUUCACCGAUAGCCUGCCCGACGCCAGAAGCUGCCCAAACAGAACAAGUCGUCCUCAAGAAGAAGCUCAACUUUAAUGAUCUGCCGCUGGAAACAAAGAAGGAGAUAUUCAAACAUGUCAGUAUACUCUUGCCAACACCUGCGGGGCAUCAGGCUGAGCAUCGAUAUCCUCGUUCUAUUUCGACGUUCUGCUAACAUAUCAUCCCCAGGUAUCCUCCCCCGACCUCAUUGUCCUCUCUUUAGUAUCAAAACAGUUCCGCGACCUAGCCGCAGAGAGAAUAUAUCGAAGUUUCCACAUUCUGUUUCCAGACGAUGAUGACCCCUCCAACGAUUACCCGUUCGAUAGCCUCGCCGGGGGCUUGGAGACAUUUGUUACCAGCGACUACAAUUAUGGCCAAUACUUGAAAGAGCUGAUAAUGGAGACACAGAGCGGUGGGAUCAAAGGAGAGAUGGCAUAUCGGGCUUAUUUGAAUGAACUGAGCUGUGGCAAGUUCAUGAAUACCCUCCUGCUCCUGACAUUGCGGCAGGCCAAGUCUCUGGAGAGAUUUCAAUGGGAUAUUCGCGUGGAAUUAAGUCGUCCAGUGUGGAAGGAAUUACGGAAAAUUGAGGCCCUCAAGCAUCUCCAUAUCAGGAUGCAGUCGGGUCCCACAACCUACCAACCUCUCCCGCCUCUGCCAAACUCUAUCCUACCUCCAGCUCCAGGAGAGGUUGACUCAACUGUGCCAGGAUCCAUACUUCAUCCCUUACCCCCGAUACUGCCAGUGCCAGCAGGUAGUCCGAACUCCUUCCCUUUUGGCAACCAGAUUGCGAAAAUCUACCUACAACCACCUGGCGGAAAGGCUGCGGUCAAGGCUCCCCCAACACUUCGCGGAUUUAAAGACCUGAAGACCUUGACAAUAUUGGAUAUGGACUCUUUGGAUUAUUUGGAUGAGCUGAAAGAAUGCAUCCGCGACAGUUCUUCAACGUUGAGCUCUUUGAAACUGUCUUUCUCCGAUUCUCUCGUCAGUAGGUCUCGCAAACCACAGCCGGAUCCACCAUCUGACGAUGACUCGGACCAAGAAGAUGAGUUUGGUCAACUCAUCCCUCCGCCUGGCCUACCCCCACCUAACCCGCCAUUAGGACCGCACCCAGAUCCAUUUGGACCCUCCAAGACUCUCAAGGCGCAAGAAGAGAAGAAGAACCAAGAAGCAGCACUUGCAAAGAUUCUUGGUUGUGAAGGUCCUCUGCCGAAACCCAAACCACACCAGUUACCCGCCCUUCCCCGAGAGGUCGAGAAGCCCAAGCCUGAAGAAGAUCCAAAGAGACGGUUCAUCCGAAAUUUGGCACCUGUUGCAGCCAGACUAAUGGGACAGGUCAAGCCAGGAGGUGAUGUCUCGGUGGAAGGAAAAGAAGUUCUUGCGAUGAUCGAGAAGGCGGCGCAGAUGUACCUUGAGGCAACUGAAACAGAAAAGAAGCCAGAGAAGGCACCUGCAAGUGUUGAAAGCAGUACAGCGAAGGCAACCCCCGCCUCAUCAAGCGCAAGCACCGAUGGAACUGAGGACGCAGCUGUCAUGACUAAUGCUGUUGCUGAUGAGCCGGGACUUUUCGAUAACCCUUUGAAGAAGAAGGAAAAAGAGAGCUCCGAUGUCUCGAAUCCCGAAGAUAUCAAUAUCGAAGAGCCAGAAGUCAAUGAAUUGACAGUGGAGUCGGAGUUACCUACAACUGAAGUGGUUCAGGAUGACGCAGUGAUCGCUGAAGCUCCAGUCAUUGCAACAAGCAAAGACGUGGUCGACGAUGCUGCUCAAGAAGCAGCACGAAAAGCCAAGUAUGCAGCAUUUCAGGCAGAAAUGGCCGAAAAGAUUGAUCACGAAGGACAAGAGCUUCUGCAGGUGAUAGACGAGCAUGCUGAAUUGGUGUCUUCUGUCGCGGCAGUGGAACAGGAAGGCGACUUGUGGGCGAAGAAAGUUGAGGAGUUCACUAAUCAGCUACAGUCCGGAGAUAACAUCACGGAGGCGGACAGACAAAUGAUUGCCCACGCUAAAGCUGCUAUCAAAACUGUCUCUGAUAGGGUUGUCCAGCUGUCUGCCGGUAUGUCUUAUGUCACUGAGCAUAUCAGUGAGCUGAAGGAGCUCUCUCGUGUUGGUUUGGAUUUCCGAUCUGCGAUGAGCGAAUAUGUUCGCAGUACACGUGGCAUCACCCUGGACGCACUUUCGAUAUACAUGAUUCCCACCAAAGCUUCGGUUCUGACUCGAGGCGUGGACAUCAAUGCAUUACAAAGCAUCGCUCUUCUCAAUGUCGGCACACAGUCUCCUAUCUGGAAUAUGUUGGCAAGAGAGAACAAGCUGUCUCCUUUACCCCUGCACAAAAUCCAUACAGAUAACGUCACUCUUCCAUUGCUUUUGUGUCUCUCGCAGCUGGAAAAGGUGACGGAACUUGUCAUGAUGGAGCGGCUAUCGAAGGAGCGCGUUGAGGGCAAUGCAUUGAAAUCAACGGUUACCAUCGAGCAGAUCCGGAAGAUGGUACUCAAGAAGCAUGCACCAACUCUCAAGAUCUUGGUCGUUCGGAACGAUACCAUCGGCAUGGAUUGGGGGUUCAAUAUCAAGACUGCCAUGCUUCUUUGUGACCGUGCGAAGAACUUGGAAGAAUUGGGUUGCAGCUUUGGCGUUCGCACCAUGCACACCCUGAUGCAAUACAUGUCUGGGCUAACAUCUCUACGUGUCUUGCAUAUCAUAUCCUUCCAUAAUCCCGAGGACAACUGCAACUGGGUAAUGCGUGAAUGCCGCAAGUUUGCCGUCGACAUCGUCUGCCACAACCCCUCCAUGAAGCUCGAAUAUCUCGCCCUCGAUCAAUCAGUCGACCGCCUGGUCCGUCGCAAGCCAAUGCUCAAACCAAAAGUUGACAAGAAGGGUAAAGGCAAAGAGGCGAACUGGACAAGUGCAAAGGCUCUCGCGGAGCUGGUCAUGGGAAGUGUGGCUGUUGCCACGUCUGGUGGAUGGAACGAGGAUAGCAAGUACGAUUUCCCAGAUAGUUCGGAUGAUGAAGAUGGCAUUGUGAAGACGGGCUUGCGUGUUGAGACGAUUGAUGGGAUUCGCUUCUCUGAUGUCCUAGACGUCCGGAUAUUCGAGCGAGAUAUUCUGACUGGGAAGCUGUGAUUCGUUGGCUGCCUUCCAGAUGGUUUGGGGUGGGAGGAUCCGUCCAUGAUGACUGAGAUGGCUGAAAGUGGUCGGCGAGAUUGGGACGGCGCUUCUUCCUUCCUUGAUGACUUUCGUUGAAAUGGCGCGCAUGGAAUGGAGGUUAUGAGAUACGGGGCAUACUUAUGACUUUCUGAUACCUAUUUGGCUUGUCUUUAUUUUUUUUUUAUUUCUCCGAUAGGGGAGGGGAGGUAUCUAGCGAGCGGCAUGGCGGCGUUAAUGAAAUUCUUUUCUGCUUCUGGUCUUGCCAGGCAUUGUUCAUCGUGUUGUUGUAUGUCGUAUUAACGUCCGAGUUCAGACUCUCUUUUUUUUUUUUUUUUUUUCUUUUUU